AUGGGUUCUAUGAAGAUCACCCUCGCCGUGGACAGGUCGCGCAACCGCGUGCUGUUCGUGGACGCCGGCUCCGACUUCGUCGACGUCCUCCUCAGCUUCCUCACGCUGCCGCUCUCCGCCCUCCAGUUCUGCGCUACAUCAUCGCCAGGCUGCCUCUCCAACCUCACCGACAGCGUCGGCCGACUCAGGGGCAGUAAGCUGCUGAAGUGGGUUGAGGCCUGCCAUGAUAUGCUUCUCAUGCCUCCGCCCUACCAUGAGUUUAGUAACUAUUUCUGCGAAAACUACGACGCGUUUGUCAAGAAACAGCCGAACCUACAGGUAGACGGCAGCUUCUGCAGGUGUUGGCUAAUCAUGGCUAGACUCGUGCAUGUGUACAACACAUCGAUCUCUGGGUCUGGGACGUUUGUGAGAUGUAAGGAAAGGUUUGUGAUCAGCGAUGACUGGACGAUCAGGCCGGCAUCCACAAGCACAAUGCAGUCGCUGUCUCAUGAGUUCAGCUCUGAUGACAUUUUCUAUGGUUUUGAGGAGGUCGAAGUGUGCGUCGGCUGGCCGGAGGUUGUAUCCAUUCUGAAGGCUUCUCUUUCGUCAGAUACCAUAUUCACUGACGUCUUUCUGCCCAGCGGUAGUGGUGUCUCUGUAAAUCCAAGCACCGGUCAGAAAAUCCUGCAACGAUCCUGUACAGAAUCUGGUUCUGGUUCUUUACCAGAAUGCAAAGUCAAGCUCUUCUACGACAGGCAGCAGAAGAAGGUCAUGUAUGCUGAAUGCAAGCGUGAGUUCGUGGAUCUUCUCAUUGGUUUCUUGACUUACCCAUUGAGCUGUGUGGUCAAGAACACAGGUACGCCGAGCGCCGGAGCUGCCGCUUGUCAUCUCGGCUGCAGCUUUGGCAAUCUGUACACCAGUGCAGCUGCUCUCGAUGCAGCUGGAUUGGGACGUGGGUCGGCCUUCGGUUUCAUAUCCAUUGAGAUGUUGUUGAAUCCGUCCCUUGGCCCGUUCAGCAAUCGUUGCUCUCUUCGGAGAGAAUCACUUGUGGAACUGCCACCGGAAGAGUACAUGAGUCUGGCACCCUACACGUAUAACAGGUCAAAGAUAUGCAAGAGCUGCUACCCUGACCUUGUCAAAGACCGCAAGUACAUCGUAGGCGACGAUCUGCUCGUGCAUCAGGCUUCUGCCAUGUCUGUGGCCAAGCACUGGUACAUGAGGGACAAAGCAAAUGUGGUGGAGAUGGACGUCACCGUCCGGAAACCAGAGGCUGUUGCCCUCCUGCGAGCCAUGCUUACCUCGAAGACGGCGCUCACUGAUGUUUUCAUUGGUAGCCUGGAGGAACCACCUGCUGUGCCAAGCCUGAAGGUUGUAAGGAAACAAGCUGUUCGCAUGUGUUCACAAUAA